CAUUGGGCCAUGUUGUGUAACAAUGCACACCUAAGAUCCAUGUUCAUUUACUUUUUCACUGAGUCAGAAUCCAUUCAGGUGUUUCCGUAACAGGCUCAAGACUUUUAUUGUGGAUACUUUCGCACUGUUUUGUUCAUAGUUGGAUUCAAAACCCACCAGGGCCAAAUUCCAGGGAGAAUACUUCAACUAGAGUAGAAAUGUUUUUAAAGGUUACGGAAUGUACAUAUCAUUGUCCAUGGCUCUGAAGUAUAGUUAUCUAGAGCUGUUCACAAAUUUGUCCAUUGGUUACCUUGCUUCUAGGUUAACCUAACCGAAACGGCAACCUCCGGUGUAAAAUUAGCGGUACACUUUCCGUUAAAUUUCCGUACCACGCUUUACAAAGCACAGGCUCUUAUGGGAAGAGUGGUACGGCAGAUGUCCCUGCCACCAUUUCAGGGGGUAUACGGAACACCGUAGCAUGCUCCGUAUCAGACACUGAUUUUUUGCACUGUGGUCUUAAUCAGGAAGCGUGUGGCAUGUGUAUGCACUAGUUAGUGCAUGCUUGGCAGGCAUGCGCUAGCGAGAGCGUGCUUGCAGGUAUGCUCCAGCUAGAGCCAAACAGCUUAACCUCCUACCUCCUACCUUGCCGAUUUGGAAUUAUCAUUUUUAACUGACUAUCUCUCUCAGUUAGGCGGGCUUUUGAGCUAUAUCUUCACUCAAACCCAGUGAAAAUCGAAGUGUCCGGAAUUACCCCACUCUCCCUUAUGCACUAAAGUUUCUAUGGCAAUUUAGUGCGAUGGUUCGAAAUCAAAGCAGCUUCUGGUGACCGAGAUGGUUUCACCAGCAGCGUGUUUAGGACGACAAUUUCAGAUGAUGGUCCCUCCGGGAAGGCGCCCAUCAAUAUUAUCACGAAGACGACCAGUGACACCCAGGAGGAGGGACUUGUGACACUGAGCUUCGUCUUCGAGGGGCUUGCUUACCAGUCAAUCUUGCCCGCCCUACAGGAUGUUGCCAAUAUGACAGAGCCACUACCAUGGCCCAGGUGCUAUCUUGUUUCGCUCGACGGCCUGCCCCGGUCCAUAUCGCUGGAGGAUCUGGGCCUCCAGGGCUUUGUGAAUGCGGACCGCAGCCAUCGCCUCGACGCCGCGCACUGCCGCCUGGCGCUGCGGCAGCUGGCUCGCUACCACGGAGCAGGGCUCGCCCUCAAGCACCUCAGGCCGGAGAAAUACAACGAAUUGCGGCGCCCGCUGAGGCACUUGUGGGGCACGGCGGACGGUGAAGCCAAACUCAGGCCUUUCUUCCAGGCCAUUAGAGUGACACCAGACAUACUCAAGAACACGUACCCCGAAGGCUCCGCGGUGUACUCCAGUCUCAAGAGACUGUUCGAUGCGUUCGCCGAGGAUAACGUCUCUGUGACGUGCCCGGGUUUCGGCAAGGGGUACACGUUCGUGCACGGGGAUUUCCACACCAACAACGUCAUGUUCCAAUACGACAAGGUGUCUGGUGACGUCAUCGCCGCGACACUCAUCGACUUCCAGCUCGUGCUCCCCGGCAACCCCGCCAUGGACUUGAUGACCCUCUUGUUGCUGAGCGGCGACAAGGCCCUGCGCGACGCGCACUGGGACUCGCUGCUGCGCGAGUACCACGGCGAGCUGCAGGCCACGCUCAGAGCGGCCGGCUGCCGCGACCCCGACGAGGUGCACUCCUGGCAGCUCUUGCAGGAGCAACUGUCAAUGGCGGCAAUGUACGGUAUCUGCGCGGUUCCUUUCUACCACAACUGGCUCUAUGCUGAUGACGAGACAAACAAAGAGGUCCGAGAGUUCUUCGCGAACCCGGAGGGCAAGGUGUUCCGAGUGCGCGUGACGCCGGAGCUCAAGUCGCACCUGGAAGGCGUCGUCGAGGACGUCAUUCGGUGGGGAUGGCUGCCGUCCGUUGGGGAGAUCGACCGCCGACUCGCUGCCUAUGGAUCACCGAGAUGAGUCGGAGAUAGUGGCGGACCAGGAACGGGUUCAGGAGGAGAGGGGGCCCUCCCUGGAACCGCGUCUGGCCGAAUGAGGUUGUCUCUACGAGGCAGCGAGGCACCGCUAUGUGAAUGAAAUAGGAUGGAUGCGGGGUGGAUUUACGGCUGGGGAAAUAAACAAUAGCCACUUUAUUAUAAAA